UAAAGGGUUUGAUUCCUUAAAGAAGGUCAAGGACCCAACAAAGAUUAGUAGCUGAGGUUUUGUCUGAUAUGUUUAGGGUCAAUUCAAUUGAAGAGCUGGAAGAACAAUCAAACCCCCUAUUAUUUGUGGGUUCUUGUGGGUCAAUAGUUAUUGCAUAGAGACAACAACUCAAAAUAAGGUCCAUUGACUCUCAUUCUUCCUUUGGAUGAAAUGAUAAAAAGGGCACAACACAAGCCUCAAGUUUCCAUGCAGUAAUUAUUCAUAUCUUAGAACUUCUUUGAAGAGAAAAGGAAAUCCCAUCUCUUUUUGUCUUCUCAGAAAUGUAAGUCUUUUGCUUCACUUGCAUUUGCAGACCAUUGUUGACUUAAAUUGCAAGCCAUGAAGCAAGGUACACCUCCACCGCCACCGCCACCAGCAUCCACUACAACAACAAGAAAGAGAAAUGAAUGCAACAUGUCACCGUCCACAACCCCAUCUCGCUUAAGAGCUUCUCCUAAAGCUAAACCCAAGGACUCUCCAAUUCCAAAGCCUACACCACCAUCAUCAGCCAGGAGGCCUCUUCUUCUGACCAAGCCUAAAUCCAUUGAUCACUCUUCUCAAAAGGGUACCCAAGUUGUGGACUUUAACAAAGCUAUGACUCGCACCAGUACUGGAAACCGCCAUGUUGUUGAGCAAUUUGCUCGGCCACGCCAACUACGGUCUUCAAAUCCCAGAAACGAAGAUGACCCAGAUGGGAAAAACAAGGACUUGGUUGAGAAUUUGCAGUCUGAGGUAUUGGCCUUGAAGGCAGAGUUGGAUAAGGCUCAGAGUUUGAACUUGGACUUGCUUUCACAGAACAAGAAGCUCACUGAGGAUCUUGCUGCUGCUCAAGCAAAGAUAGCAGCUCUUAGCUGUCGUGACCAGAGGGAGUCACUUGGGGAGUACCAGAGCCCUAAAUUUAGAGACAUUCAGAAACUAAUUGCCAGCAAAUUGGAACACUCAAUUGUGAAAAAGGAGCCAAUCAAUGAGGUGAGUACUAUUCAAAAACCACCACCUCCACCACCACUAGCAUUACGUCCGAUUCCCAAAGUCGCGGAUUUAGAAAGAAAGGCUCGGCCUUGUACAUCCUUGCCACCACCUCCACCACCACCACCCCCACCUCAGCCCUCAGCUGGUGUGGCUACUACUCAAAAGGCUCCAGCACUUGUAGAAUUUUAUCACUCAUUAAAAAGGCAAGAGGGGAAGAAGAGAGACUCUCCAGGAUCAGGGCAUCAUCAUAAACCAGCAGCUAUUAGUGCACAUAGUAGCAUAGUUGGAGAAAUUCAAAACCGUUCAGCACAUCUGUUAGCUAUUAAAGCAGAUAUUGAAACUAAAGGAGAUUUGAUCAAUGGCCUUAUCCAGAAGGUGCUAGCUGCAGCUUAUACAAAAAUAGAAGAUGUCUUAAAAUUCGUAGAUUGGCUUGACACAGAACUCUCAUCAUUGGCUGAUGAGCAGGCUGUGUUAAAGCAUUUCAAGUGGCCAGAGAGGAAAGCUGAUGCCAUGAGAGAAGCAGCAAUUGAAUAUCGUGGCCUUAAACUGUUGGAAAGUGAGAUCUCUUCCUAUCAAAAUGACACUAACAUUCCCUGCGGGGCUGCCUUAAAGAAGAUGGCCAGCUUACUAGACAAGUCUGAGCAGAGAAUACAAAGGCUGAUCAAGCUGCGAAAUUCAGUUAUGCAGUCUUAUAAGGAGUACAAAAUUCCUACUGAGUGGAUGCUUGAUUCAGGAAUCGUGAGCAAGAUAAAGCAGGCUUCUAUGAAUCUGGCUAAGAUGUACAUGAAAAGAGUGACAUUGGAGCUUGAGUCCAUUCGAAAUUCAGAUAGGGAAUGUGGUCAAGAAUCUCUUCUGCUUCAGGGUGUGCAGUUUGCAUAUAGAGCUCACCAGUUUGCUGGUGGUCUCGAUUCAGAAACAUUGUGUGCUUUUGAAGAGAUAAGGCAGCAAGUUCCACAAUACUUAGGCGGGUCUCGAGAAUUGUUGGCUGCCAUACCAUCAUAACGAGCCAUGUGAAAAUUACAACAACUAAAUCAUGGAUACUCAGCUGAUAAUAGAUAAACAGAUCAAAUAUACAAGUUCCUGCAGGUAGUGAAUGAAAUGUCCUUGAGAAAUAUUCCAUACUUUGGUAAGAUGAUGCGAUUCCAAACUGGAUAUCACAUGGGCUCUUCAAUUGUCAAAGUUCCAUUAGAUUGACUGACUGGAGUAAUUCUAUAUUGUUGUAAUACUAUGGCCAACUCAUUUUGGAGGGAUGUACUGCUGUACUAGAUGCCAGUGACAGUGAAGUUUGUGCUGGCUAAAGCAGUAUUCAAAGUCCAAACCCACAAGAAUUUUGGGAGGAAUUAGGGCCUAGCUACUUAGUUUGUAUAAGCAAGGUGUAGUUUGAAUUAUAUUAAGCCCAUCAUCAAUUUAGCAUGUUACCAAUACCAUUAUUUUUUGACAUUUCAACAAAAAGCAACUGUUGAACCAUUCUAUUAAAGAAUGUAUUUUGUGAAGCUCCUAUUUAUAUGCAUCUUAGUUCUAAUGACUUAUAUAA